AUGACAGAUCAGUUCUUCGGCCUGUUUAAUCGGUUUCAUGCCUCUGCUCUUCACGUUCUUACCACCCCUUUGAUCGACAUUGAAUUGUAUAUGUCAUCGGCUCUAGGUCUAGCUGUUAAUAAAAUCUGGUGUUUUAUUCCCAAAACCUCCAUCCUCUGCCUAGAUUUUCUAGUUGUUAGAAUGAGUCCAUCGAUCGCCCUUUCAGACCGGCCGAGAGAGGACGCACAUAUUGAGCAGCCCGACGUGGACGACGUGGAACCGAACCCUGACGGCGGGUAUGGGUGGGUGGUAAUCGUCGUUUGCUUUAUCCAUACCUUUUGGCAAAAUGCCUGGACCGGAUCGUGGGGAAUCCUCCAAGUUGCUUUGCUAAAAACCACUUUACGAGGCUCCUCGUCAAGUACUGUUUCUUUCAUUGGAGCCCUUGGAAUCGCUUUGUCCUGCGCCUUAGGAAUCUUCACCAUCCGGUUCGCUCGUAUAAUUGGAGCUCGCUGGACUAGCUUGAUUGGGAUCUUGCUGUAUAGCAUUAGUAAUAUUGUCAGCGCCUGGGCUGUCUCCAACGUCGGUGCUUUAUUCAUUGCGUGCGGCUUUAUGUAUGGCCUCGGCGCGUGCUUGAUGUACACCAUGUCCAACAGUCUACCAAUUCAAUGGUUCAGCACUAAGUUGGGCACAGCAAACGGUAUCGUUAAGCUUGGCGGAGGCAUUGGGGCAACUGUCAUGGCUAUUGUCACCAGUGUGCUUACCGACAAGCUCGGCAUCGUGUGGACGUUUAGGAUUUUUGGGUUGUUAUCGCUGGUAACAGGCGUCCCGCCUGCUUUCUUUAUCCGGGAGAGGGUUUCCUCCCAGAGAAGCUUCGAAAUUGACUGGUCGCUUUUCAAAAACGUUGCGUUUUCCUUCCUUUUUGCCUCCGGCGUGGUUGGAGUGUUCUCCAUCUACGCGCCUCCAUUCUUCUUACCCGCGGUGACAGCCUCUCUCGGCUUCUCAGACUGGGUCUCUGCAGGCGUCGUAGCCUGCUUCAAUGCGUGCAUGGCGAUUGGGCGUCUCACAUCUGGGUUUGCCUGUGACAGGUUUGGCAGUAUGAACGUAUUGCUGCUGACCAUGGCCGUCAAUGCCGUCACCAUGUUCGCAAUAUGGUCCUUUGCAUCUACCUUGGCCGUCCUGAUAGUCUUUUCAGUUAUCAACGGGCUCGCCAAUGGUUCCUUUUUCGUGGCUCUGCCCACAGCUGUGGGAAGACUUGCUGGGGAACGUCGCGGCGCAGGAGCCGUGAGCAUUGCUCUUACGGGAUGGGCUCCGGGUCUGUUGGUCGGAAAUCCCAUUGCUGGUUUCUUGAUAGACGCAACGGGUGCAAGUAGUUCUCAUUCUAUUGUUCCCUAUAGGCCCGCUAUAUUCUACGUUGCGGGGACAGCGGUGCUUUCCCUCACCUUUGUCGUGGCUGCGCGUCUAUCGGUUGACGGACGUGUUGCUAGAAAGUUGUAG